UGGCAGUUCACAGUAGAGGUGUUUUUCCUUUUUUUAUGUUAGUCAGUGUGUAUCUCUGACAACUAGGCCAGGGCAGUGUAAACAUCUGGCUCAGUCCAGCGGCUGCCUCCUGCCUGUUGAGAGCCAUGACAGAUGGAAAGGGAUCGUAUGGCUCAAGCACUUCCAUCUUUGACUAUACUGGCAGUUGUCUUCCUAAAAUAGCCUCCACUCCACGGCCUUAUAUGUGCAGGCCUCUGGUGUGUGCCUGAGGAGGCAUCAUGUAUCUAGGCCACACAAUACGGGCUGCAGGCUCAUUGUUGCUGCUUGCAUACAGGCCUCUCGCAGCCCCGGGGACGAGGCCUGCCGUCCUGACGUUCUGCUCUGGGAAAGAACACCAUGCAUCUCACCCAACUCAACCAUGAAUGUCUCCUUCACCUUUUCUCCUUCUUGGACAAGGACACCCGCAGGAGUUUGUCCCUUACCUGUCACCAGCUGCGGGACGUCUUUCUGGAUCCGUGCCUGUGGAAUCUACUCCAUUUCAGCUCUCCAUGCCAGCUGAGGAGAGACAACUUUGUGCUGGGACCUUCACUGCGUUACUUGACUAUUUGCUGGCACUCCAGCAGGGUCCUGCAGGUGUGCAACAUCGAGGACUGGUUGAAGAGCUCAUUUCAGAGGGACAUCUGUAGUAAACACGAAAACCUGGUCAGCAGUUUCCUGACCCAAGUCUGCCAUGUGUGUCCUAACUUGCUGUCGCUAACUCUGUGUGGCUGUGGACACAUCACUGACCAGGACGUCAUUGUUGUGCUGCAGAGCUGCCGAAAGCUGCGCCGUCUCCACCUGGAGAACUGUGUCCGCAUCACGGACCGCAUCCUGGAAGGAGUAGUUACUUACGGAGACAGUCUGGAGGAGGUGAAGGUGGACUUCUGCAGGAACAUCACCCAGGCAGGGCUGCAGGCUGUCAGGGAGAAGAGGCCAGGCAUCCAGCUGGGUGCAGAGAGAAGCGCAGGCAUGAUCCCCGACAUCAAGCCUGAGGAGAAGGCGCCGCUCAGGAGGACUCUGCAGAAAGUCCUGCUUUUCUCCUAAUGGAAACACUGCACUUGCUAUAAAAGCAUUUCUCCAGCAUUCAGGCUAAUUAUUAUUUACAGAUUCGUUUGCACUGCUUUUGUUGUGAUGCAGCCUCUUAAGCCAAGUCGCCUCCAGUGCCCACAGUUCCAUGUGUUGCCAUGGCAAUGCUAUGUGAUGCUUGUGGCAACAUACACAGUCUGUACAUCCAAGUAACCACAAGAACAUCAGCUAAGUGCUCAACAAAACCUAUUGUGGGAAAACAGAACACAACCAAACAGCAAGCACUAAAAUGAGCAAAUAUUUAAAACAAGUUUACAGACUGAAACCAACGUGUCAUGAAUGACUUAACAAAACCAACCAAUGCGACAAGUUUGCGCCACUAAGCAGAUCCAAGAGCACAAAUAUAGUUUCUCUAUCAUUACAACCAUUGAACGAGCCAAAGAGCACAAAUAAAUUGCUGUAUUAUGACAUGAUGAAGCUUCUUUUAUCGGCUAAUCCGUUGUUUUGUGUUACAUUGAAAUGAUUCUGACUGGAAAUAAACAGGCCGGGGAUUAACAGGUUAAAGCAGUUUUUAAUAGAAGUGUUUUUCAUACCUUUUUGAUAUCUUUUUAUACAUAUUUCUAACGCUAACUUAUGAGAUUUUAUUCCAUGCUUCCUUGAAUAGGGAAUAUUCCAUACACUUAUAAUUCAGUCUUAUUCAGACAGGACAGGUGGCCUUAACAGUAAUAUUCUGCCAAUACACAUUACUGAUAUUAUGUGAUUAUACAAUUCCACUCACAUUAGCAUAUGGUAAUCUGAUGAAAGUAUCACACAUCUACACAGUGAGAACAUGCGAGGUGAGGUUACACUGUGUGCUCAUUUCACUGUCAUGGUAAGACAUGUCAGCAGUGGGGAGGAUUCUCUGGGGGCUAAUGUGGCCCUCUGCCUGAGCUGUGAUCAGAAUCAUGUUAUAUAAGACUGCGAGACAUCAAAGUAGGUUGAUUAGGCAAGUGUUCCGACGGUAAAGCCAUGUGACAAAUGUAUCGCAGGCUGGUGCUGCAGGGCGCUCCCUGCCAGGUACUGCAUCUCAUCCAUACGCUGAAUCCUUACAGAUGGUCAACUUAAUGGAGCGGUUUUCCCAUCCUCCAAAGAUCUAUGCCUUUAAGAAGCUGUUCUUGAUGAGCAAUGUAUGGACAAGUUUUACAUUUAUUUCAGUUGCUCACAAUAUAUAAUGUAUUUUGUUGUUUGAUUUGCUAUUUUUUCAAUCUCUUUGCGUUGAACAAUAAAGUUGUUUUUGUAUUAUUUGAA